UUUUGCUUAAAGUAAAAGGAUAAAACAUAGUUAUUUUAAGGCAAUUAUAAAAUAAUUUUUUCAUAAUAUGAUUUCAGAAAAUGCGUAUGAGAUAUUAAAGGAAGAUUUUAAAAAUUGUAAUGAGUAGUUUAUUUAAAUAGUAAAAUUGUCUCCUCGUUAUGUUUCUUCCAAAUCUGGAAAUAGGGAUAAGAAUCAACCACAAAAAUAAUAAACUUUUGAUGGAUCAUAGAACUUAAAAAAGUUAAAAGAUAUUACUCCUUAAUACGGAUUGGAGCUUAUCAACAGACAUCUAAAAUAAUUUGAAAAAGUAUAAGAAUAGACUAAAAAUGAACAACCUAAUAACAUUAUUUUAAAUAAUAAAUAUGCAACAAAUGAAAAUGAUAAAAAGAUUAAAAUAGUUAAUUCUGAAAAAAGUCCAUUAAAUAAAUAAAUGCUGAUCAGUAGAUUUAUUUAAAGAAAUCAGAAGGAGCUAACUUAAAAUUAUGAAAAUAUAGAAGAGGAUCUCAAAAAACCAUUUGGUUUUAGAACUUAAAUAACUGAGAAUCCCUUAGAAUAAGAAGUAGAUAAAAGAAUUGAUACUAUAUCAACUGCUAAUAAAAAUAAAUAAGGAGUAUAAAAAUAGAACGAAUGCUUCUAAAAUACAGUUUGUAAUUUUAGAAGAAAUUAAAAUAAUAAUAACCAUAAUAAACCUUCAACUUCUCCAAAUUAGAUGGAAAUACAGAAUGAUUUCAACAUUAAUAAUAGUAGUGGAAAAAGAACCCCAAACUUGUCAAAUAACAAAAGACCUGAUGAAAAUGUGUAAUCAAGUGGACUAUUUGGAUGUGUAUCUAAUACAAUAUAUAGUUAAAAUGUAUACAAUAGGAUUAUUUUAAAGUAAACUGAAAGGAAAAGGAUGAAACUUCAAAGCAUAGGAUAAAUAAAUGAUAUUAAUUGUGUUCCUUUAUAGUCCAUUUAAGGUUUGGAUGAAGCACCAUUAACCCAAAAGGCUUCAUAGACCAAAUAAAAUUUUUACAUAAACACUAAGACUAAAAUGUCUCAUUCCUUUUAUAACCCAGACAAUAAAAGCAAUGUAAAAAAGUAGCAGUCAGGAAAUUUAAUAUCUUAGCCUUCUCAAAGUUUCUAUUAAGUUGAUUCAGAUAUUUCAUUUAGUCCUAAUAAAUAGUAAACUUAGCGAAAUAGACCUUAAACCCAUUAAUAAUUUAGAAGAAAAAUAUAUUCUUCACACUUAAAUUAGAAUAAUUAGCAGUAGGACUCGUCAUUUAAUUUAAAUUUAACAAGCAGGAAUUCUAAAAACAGAAUCAGGAUAGCCUCUCCACAUUUACAAAACAACUAAACUAGUAUUAAUUCAGUCUUAAAUUAAUAGAAAAAUCCUGAAUCACUCUCAAAUAUUCAAAAAAAUUAGAAUUAAUAAUGUGAUUAAACUUUGUUUUAGAUACAUUCAUACCACUCUUAAAACUCUUAAAUAAAAAAUAAACCAUAAAUAAAUGGAUUACUAACUUAAGAAGAUGAGUCAAAUUAAAAAUAAAAUAAAAGUGAUUAAAUUAGUAACUCCAAUUUAAAUAAAAAAAAGUAGGGGAUUUUAAAGUAAAUGAAUGAUUUUAAACAAAGAGUUAACAGAGAGAAAGAAAUUAAACAACAAGAAGCUAAAUUAAAGAAGAAUAUAAGUAAAAUAGAUAAAGAGCUUACAAUUGAAGCAGUAGGAUUCACAUCCAUAAAACCCUUAUAAAAUUAAUUAUUGACAAAUAAUAAUCAACUAAAAUAAAUGACAACUAUUCAUGAUACAUUUCCAAAUAGUUUUACCACCAAUGAAGCAAACAAUAUGAGUAUUGUCUAAUUGACUGAUUAAAUAAAUAUAAGCUCUAUUUAAUUUGAACAAAAAAACAAUAAACUCUACAACUAAAACAAAGCUUAUAAUAGUUUAGAAAACUAGAUUAAAGCUUAGUUACUGUAAAAAUCUCCUCCAAAAGGAAGGAGCUCUGAUCAUAAUUAAUCAAUAAAUUCUUUUAAUAUAACAAAAUAAAAUUAUAAAAUCAAAGAAGAAGAUGGUAUUAAUUAACUGAGAAAAAGUAACAAAAACCUUUCUAAAUAUGAGAUCAUAAAGUAGCAAGUGGAAAAUGAAAAAAAAAGAAAAAAAAUGUAAGAAAUUGUAGCUCAAAGCGAGAUAGAAAAUUAACGUAUCUAAAAAAGAAAGCAUCUUUAAAAUCUAUACAUCAGAUUGCUAAAUUAGCAAGGUUUUAGUUUAUAUGUAGAAAAUAAAGAACAAUCUCCUGAGUUAAAUUGUGAUAGUUCUACUCAGUUGAUAACCGACAACAGUCUUAGUUAAAAUUUUAGAAUUAACUAAGAUUCUCCUUGCAUAAAAAAGCUUGUAAAAUAUUAUGAUAAUAAAUAUGGAGACAAAUUUGAAUAACAAUUUUCAAAUUAAUAAAAUGACGUUUAAUAAAAUUAAACAUUUUGCAUAUACGACUAAUAACAAAAUUUAAAUAAUUUAAAAAAUCCUUUAUUCUUUCCCAGCCAUCAGCGUAUUGUUAACAAAAGAGCCACUGAUAAGAAAGAUAAAAACUAAGAAAUGGGUCCAUGGAACUCUUAAAAUGAUGACGAUAUUGAAGAAUUACUAACUAAUAAAAAAGUUAUUUGAAUUUUUAAGCUUUUGUUUAAGUUAUUAUUUUUGACAAACUAAUUGAAUAAAUCUAAAAAUGUUUUGAAUUAAAGAUUAUAAUUUUUGUAAAUAUAUUUUUAUAAUUAAAUUAAUUAUUUAUAAAUAUUUUAAGUAAAUAAAUAAAAAUUAUAAAUAUAUUAUUAGAUAUUACAUUAUAUUUUAAUAAACCUUACUCUAUGUUUCAACGAUAGAU